AUGGAGGGCUUGCUGAAGCAGUGGAAGGAGGAGGCAGAAGCAGAAGCAGAGGUUGAAGAAGAAGUGGGCUUAGUCAGACGACAAGCUCACGAGCAAGUCACCACCUUUACUGGUUCAGAUAUUCAUAUCCAAGGGCAAGAGAUUUCUGAAACAAAGGACGAUUCCGGUGGCAUUGAGAAGAAGGACACGACUUCACCUUCCUCUGAUCCUAUUAUUCCUGGGGAUUCAACUCCUCCCAAGAAUGUGACCAUUCAAACUGAAAAAAGGCAAGAAAUUUCUGAAACCAAGGACGGUUCCAGUUUCAGUGACAUUGAGAAGAAAAACAUAACUUUACCCUCCUCUGAUCCUAUUAUUUACAGGGAUGCAACUCUUCCCAAGAAUGUGGCAGUUGAAAGUGAAAGAGUUGGCGUAAUAACAGAGAAUAUUCAAUUAGCCAAAGAACUAUAUCUGGAAAGUCUAUAUCUGAAGCCACCCACACAAGGAUUCUAUUGUCCUAAUUGUCGGGCUUGCAUCCAGAAAGUUUUGAUUUUGGAUCCAGUAAGGGAAGAACCUGAUACUCCUGCACAAUCUCAUCCACAAUUUGAAAGAUUCAGAUGCUCAACAUGCUUCAGUUUUCUCAUCCCAAUAGGUAGUUGGGUCCUUCCUUGGUUGGUGCGUGACAAAGAAGAAGUAACUGAAGAUGCACCAAAAACUAAGGUUCCACCCCCAGAAGAAGUUCCCCCUCAUUCAGGAAGUCAAAUGUUGCAACCUGAACCAAUAAUCACUGAUGGUGCACAUAAAACUCAAGAAGAUGAACAAGGCCCAGAUGGAUCUAGAACCAAACCUUCACGUUGGGGAGUUUUGGCUAGUGCUUCAGCCAUUGCUGUACAGAAAAAACCUGAAGUUGAUAUUUCAAAAAUUCCAGAACGGCGACCAGCCGAGAAUGGGGUAGAUGGAGCAAGCACAGAUCUAUCACAUCAAAUUAUUGAUGUCCCAGAAGGUGAACAAGGCCCAGAUGGAUCUAGAGCCAAACCUUCACAGUGGGGACUUUUGGCUAGUGCUUCAGCGAUUGCUAUACCAAAAAAACCUCAAGUAGAUAUUUCAAAAAUUCCAGAACAACAAAAACCAAUUGACGAGGCUGCAGAUGUCGGGGUAAGCACAGAGCCCCUAGGAAGUACAACAUCGGCUUCUACAACUACAGCAGGUGCAGUUCAAGAACCAGGAAGCGGAAAGACAUGGGAUAUUCCGAAAAGCAUAGUGUACGGUGGUCUGAUUGAAUCUAUUGCAAGCCUUAGCAUUGUGGCAUCUUCAGCAAGUGCAGAUGCUACAACAUUGAGCAUUCUGGCUCUAUCUCUUGCAAACCUGAUCGGAGGACUUUUCAUCCUUGUUCAUCAUAUGUGGGACCUGAAAUCGGAGCAACAAGGCACAAAUGAACUUGUGGAUCGAUACUAUCUUUCUCUAGGGAAGAGGGAGAAUUUCUAUCUUCAUGUGUUCAUAGCCACACUAUCAUUCAUCAUAUUUGGGAUAGUGCCACCAUUAGUGUAUGGCUUGACCUUCUAUGAGAUCAACAAUAAGGAUCUGACCCUUGUGGCUGUUGCCGGAGCUUCUGUAAUAUGCAUCACUCUACUGUCCAUUGCAAAAACUUACAUUCAGAGGCCAAAUAGUUAUCUCACAUAUCUCAAAACAGUGAUUUACUAUCUCAGCACUGGAGCUCUGAGUUCUGUACUUUCUUACUUGGCUGGUGUUCUUAUAAGGAAACUUCUGGAGAAGCUUGGAUUUGGCUCAGAAAGCUCACUCGGUUUUACCUUGACGCUGCCUGAGAUGAGUAUAACUGAGAAGCCUAGAUUUGGAUCCUACUGACAAGCAUGGAUACUUCAUGGAAUAGAGAUUGAUUGUAACUUGAAGCAAUGAGGGAGCUUAGGUUUUAAUUAGGGAUUUAAUUCUUUUAGGCUAAGAUUUAAU